AUGAAGUUAUCACCCUACUUUAAACAAUUUGAAGAAGAAGCAUUGGCUUGGGAAGAUCGUUUGAACAGGAUUAAUGCUCUAUUUGAUGUUUGGAUAGAUGUACAACGUCGUUGGGUAUACUUGGAUGGUAUUUUCGCAGGAUCUGCUGACAUAACAGUUUUACUACCGCAAGAAUCACAGAGAUUUCAACACAUGAGCUUAGAAUUUUUAGGAUUAAUGAAAAAAGUUUCAAAGUCACCUCUUGUUAUGGAUGUACUAAACACUUCAAAUGUUCAACGACAGCUGGAACGUUUCGCAGACUUUCUCUCAAAGAUGCAACGUUCACUUGGUGAAUAUCUCGAACGUCAACGGUCUUCUUUUCCACGCUUUUACUUUGUUGGUGAUGAAGAUUUGCUAGAGAUUAUCGGUAACAGUAAAAAUGUUCCACGAUUACAAAAACAUUUCAAGAAAAUGUUUGCUGGUGUCAAUUCUAUCAAGUUAAAUGAAGAUAAUACUGAAGUACUUGGCUUAUGCUCCAAAGAAGGUGAAGAAUUAACAUUUGUAAAACCGAUUUCUAUUAAAGACAAUCCAGUUAUUAAUGAUUGGUUGUCAAUGCUGGAGCGUGAAAUGCGUUUCUCAUUGGCUACGUAUCUGGGUCGUGCUAUACAAGAAUUACAGAGAUCCGGUUAUUUAUAUGGACCCAAUUCUCAUAAGUUGAAAACAGCUCAAGAUAUCGAAAAGUCUGAAUUCUUGACAUGGUUGGAUAAAUACCAAGCUCAACUGGUUGUUUUGGCUGCUCAAGUCAUCUGGUCUGAAGCUGUUGACAAUGCUUUAACUGCUAUGAAAGGUCAAAGUAAUUCACUACAAGGCAGUCCACUUCAAAAGUGUCUUACAUCUGUUGAAGAAAUGCUAAAUGUACUUGCUGAUUGCGUUUUGUAUGAACAACCGCCUGUACGUCGACAAAAAUUAGAACAUCUUAUUAUUGAGCAUGUUCACCAACGUGAUGUUAUUCGAAGUUUGCUACGAAAUGAUGUGAAUUCACCUCGUUCAUUCGAUUGGUUGAGUCAAAUGCGCUUCUACUUCGAUCCAAAACAAACUGAUCCUUUAAGGCAAGUUUCAAUUCAAAUGGCUAAUGCGAGAUUCCAGUAUGGUUUUGAAUAUCUUGGUCUAAAUGAUCGUCUUGUCCAGACUCCACUUACUGAUCGUUGUUAUUUAACAAUGACUCAAGCUCUUGAAGCUCGUCUAGGCGGAUCACCUUUCGGUCCAGCAGGUACUGGAAAAACGGAAUCAGUAAAAGCUCUGGGAACACAAUUGGGUCGAUUUGUCCUUGUUUUUAAUUGCGAUGAAACAUUUGAUUUCCACGCUAUGGGACGAAUUUUUGUUGGAUUAUGUCAAGUUGGGGCUUGGGGAUGUUUUGAUGAAUUCAAUCGUUUGGAGGAACGAAUGCUUUCAGCUGUUUCUCAGCAAGUACAAGGUAUUCAGGAAACUCUUAGAGAUAUGGCAUUAUCUCAGAAAAGUGGUACAAAGGAAUCUGUUACAGUUGAGCUCCUUGGGAAGCAAGUUAACGUCCAUCCUGAUAUGGCGAUAUUUAUUACAAUGAAUCCUGGGUAUGCUGGACGUUCUAAUCUACCAGAUAAUUUAAAGAAACUCUUCCGUUCAUUGGCUAUGACUCAACCUGAUAGACAGUUGAUUGCACAAGUUAUGCUGUAUUCACAGGGUUUCCGAACAGCUGAAAAAUUGGCCAGUAAAAUUGUUCCUUUCUUCCAACUUUGCGAUGAACAAUUAUCUGCUCAGUCACAUUAUGAUUUCGGUUUGAGAGCAUUGAAAUCAGUUCUGGUAUCAGCUGGUAAUGUGAAAAGAGAACGUAUUCAAAAAUUAAAAGAGGGUAUAUUAGCUCGUGGAGAAACGGUGAAUGAAACAUCAAUAGCAGAAUCGCUGCCUGAACAAGAAAUACUUAUCCAGUCAGUUAUGGAAACAAUGGUUCCGAAAUUGGUUGCUGAGGAUAUUCCCCUACUGUAUAGUUUGCUUACAGAUGUAUUUCCUGGAGUUCGUUACUCUCAGUCAGCUAUGGAGAAUCUACGCCGUGAACUACGUCGUAUUUGUGAUGAAAUGUAUCUUGUUUACGAUGAAACUGGUGUUGAUAAUUCAGGAGAUAAUGAUAUUGUUCAACCAUCUUCUGGAAGCAGUUCAGGCCUUUGGGUACAAAAAGUCUUACAGUUAUAUCAAAUUACAUGUAUCCAUCAUGGCUUGAUGAUGGUUGGACCAUCAGGUAGUGGAAAAUCUACAGCCUGGCGUGUAUUGCUAAAAGCCUUAGAGCGUGUAGAAGGUGUUGAGGGAGUCGCUCACGUAAUUGAUCCUAAAUCAAUCAGUAAAGAAUCUUUGUACGGUUGCCUCGAUCCUAAUACACGUGAAUGGUCCGACGGUCUAUUUACCCACAUUUUGAGAAAGAUUAUCGAUAGUAUUCGUGGUGAAUCGUUCAAAAGACAAUGGAUUAUUUUUGAUGGUGAUGUUGAUCCAGAAUGGGUAGAAAAUUUAAAUUCUGUUUUAGAUGAUAACAAACUUUUAACAUUACCUAAUGGUGAACGUCUUGGCAUACCACCCAAUGUACGAAUUAUGUUUGAAGUGCAAGAUCUACGUUAUGCUACUUUGGCUACUGUUUCACGUUGCGGAAUGGUUUGGUUUAGCGAUGAUGUUAUUCCUCCGGAGCUGGUUAUGCAACAUUUCUUGCGUCAGUUGCAAAAUGUACGUAUUGAUGAGGGAGAGGAAGAACCUGUUGGUUUCGGUACUACACCUGUUCCCAAUACUACUUCACCCGGAAGACACCCCAGCUUGGUUGAUGAUACCUCACUUACGAAUGUAGCUGUUAGUGCUUCAAUGCAACUUCAACGAGAUGUGGCUUCAAUAUUAACUCCGUUUUUCACUGAAGGAGGUUUAGUCUCAAAAUGUAUUGAGUAUGCUAAAAAUCUUGAACACAUAAUGGAUUUCAUGCCUUUGAGAGCACUAUCAAGUCUCUUUUCAAUUCUUAAACAGUGCACCGGAAAUAUUUUAGCCUACAACAUGACUCAUCCAGAUUUCUCAAUGUCCUUGGAUCAAAUUGAAUCGUACGUGACGAAAUCCCUUAUCACAGGGAUCAUUUGGUCGCUAUGCGGUGAUGGCAAAUUAAGUGUUCGUGAACAGUUGGGCUCUUUCAUUCGGGAAAUUACUACCAUCCCAAUGCCACCUCCUGGUACUCCAGUAAUAGACUACGAAGUUACACUGUCAGGUGAAUGGCAAUCUUGGACUCAGAAAGUUCCUGUGAUCGAGGUUGAGACGCACAAAAUAACGUCUAUGGAUGUUGUAGUACCGACUCUAGAUACUGUUAGACAUGAAGCUCUGCUAUACAUGUGGUUAGCUGAACAUCGUCCAAUGGUCCUAUGUGGACCCCCAGGGUCCGGUAAAACCAUGACACUUUUCAGUGCAUUACGUGGCUUACCAGACAUGGAAGUAGUGGGUCUUAAUUUCUCCAGUGCAACCACUCCAGAGUUGAUGUUGAAAACAUUCGAUCAGUAUUGUGAAUAUCGUAAAACGCCUAAUGGAUUAGUGUUAGCUCCUGUUCAACUGAAUAAAUGGCUAGUAUUCUUUUGUGAUGAGAUUAAUUUACCUAAUGAAGAUAAAUAUGGUACUCAACGUGUUAUCAGCUUCUUGCGACAAAUGGUUGAACAUGGUGGCUUCUAUCAAACUACAGAUAUGCAAUGGGUGAAAUUUGAACGUAUCCAAUUUGUUGGUGCAUGUAAUCCACCUACUGAUCCUGGUAGGAAACCACUCUCUCAUCGUUUCCUACGUCAUGUCCCUGUUGUAUAUGUUGACUAUCCCGGUGAAACAUCAUUGAAACAGAUAUACGGAACAUUUAACCGAGCCAUGUUACGUCUUUUGCCUUCACUUCGUCCACAAGCUGACUCACUAACAAAUGCAAUGGUUGAGUUUUUUUUAAUGUCUCAGAAACGCUUUACUCAAGACAUGCAACCACACUAUGUCUAUAGUCCACGUGAAUUAUCACGUUGGGUAAGAGGCAUACAUGAAGCUUUGAAGCCGUUAGAUAGUCUUCCACUAGAAGGUUUGGUGCGUAUAUGGGCUCAUGAAGCUUUGAGAUUGUUCCAAGACCGCUUAAUUGAAGAGUCUGAACGUCAGUGGACUGAUAUAAACAUUGAUGAAGUGGCUAUGAAAUAUUUCCCUACAAUUGAUCGUACAGUAGCUCUUCAACGACCUAUUCUGUUUAGCAACUGGUUGUCAAAAGAUUAUACAUCAGUUGAACAAGAACCUUUGCGUGAUUAUGUAAAAUCACGUCUAAAGGUAUUUUAUGAAGAAGAAUUAGAUGUACCUUUGGUUUUGUUCAAUCAAGUUCUGGAUCAUGUCCUUCGUAUUGAUAGAGUGUUCCGUCAACCACAGGGUCAUUUACUGCUUAUUGGUGUUAGUGGAGCUGGUAAAACUACUUUAUCCAGAUUUGUCUCGUGGAUAAAUGGAUUAAGUGUAUUCCAAGUGAAAGUUCAUAAUAAAUAUACUGCUGAAAACUUUGAUGAUGAUCUACGAAAUGUUCUGCGUCGAGCUGGUUGUAAAGGUGAAAAGAUCACAUUUAUAAUGGAUGAAUCGAAUGUCCUCGACUCAAGUUUUCUGGAACGUAUAAAUACUCUUUUGGCAAAUGGUGAAGUUCCAGGUCUCUUUGAAGGUGAUGAGUUCUCAGCUCUGAUGACUCAUUGCAAAGAAGGUGCUGCACGUGAAGGACUUAUGAUUGACAGUCAUGAAGAGUUGUACAAAUGGUUUACCACCCAGAUAUGCACUAAUUUACAUGUUGUUUUCACAAUGAAUCCAUCAGCUGAUGGACUGAAAGAUCGAGCUUCCACAUCUCCUGCUCUUUUUAAUCGUUGCGUCCUCAACUGGUUUGGCGACUGGUCUUUAGAAGCUUAUUAUCAGGUUGGCAAAGAAUUCACUAUUAAAAUGGAUAUGGAAUGCCCAGAUUAUAAAGUUCCCGAUGUUAUACCAUUUGUUGUUGAAGGUUUACUUCCAGAAUGUCCAUCAUUUCGUGAAAUGGUUGCAAAUGCCUUUGUUUUUGUUCAUCAAACUCUACAUGAAGCAAAUCAUCGACUACAAAAACGAGGUGCACGUACUAUGUGGAUUACACCAAGACAUUUCUUAGAUUUUAUUGCACAUUUUGUUCUUCUAAUGACUGAAAAACGUGCAGAUUUAGAAGAACAACAACUUCACUUACAUAUUGGAUUGCAAAAGAUUAAGGAAACUGUUGGACAGGUUGAAGUGAUGCAAAAGUCUUUAACACAAAAAAGCUUAGAAUUGGAACAAAUGAACAAUGCAGCUAAUGAUAAAUUGAAAACAAAUGGUUCAAGAUCAACAGGAAGCUGA